AUGACGGAAGUGCGUCUCAAACAGCGAUUUAGCGUCAGGUUUUUGGCUGCGUGUGAUGAACGCAACAGGGAAAAUGUCCUCUUGUCUGAGCCCCCCGGGCAGGGGGCCCUGUCUGGGUGCAGCGCUCCGGGCCAGCAGUUCUCCACGUUGGUCUGCAGUUAUGCGUUACAUAGAAUUCAUCCCUGCUCUUCGUGGCCCGCGCUGGGAUUCCCCCUGUUUCGUGGCCAGACGGGGCUUUGCCUGUCCCGCCAGACCCCGGAGGGCGAGUUCCUGCCGCUCGAUCAGCUGGAGCUGGACGUGGGCUUCAGCACAGGGGCCGACCAGCUUUUCCUGGUGUCCCCGCUCACCAUCUGCCACGUGAUAGAUGCCAAGAGCCCCUUCUACGACCUCUCGCAGCGCAGCAUGCAGACGGAGCAGUUUGAGAUCGUCGUCAUCCUGGAGGGCAUCGUGGAAACCACGGGGAUGACGUGCCAAGCCAGGACGUCCUACACCGAGGACGAGGUGCUCUGGGGUCAUCGUUUCUUCCCUGUUAUCUCCUUGGAAGAGGGUUUCUUUAAAGUCGAUUACUCCCAGUUCCACGCGACGUUUGAGGUGCCCACCCCACCGUACAGCGUGAAGGAGCAGGAGGAGAUGCUGCUCAUGUCCUCGCCCUUGAUAGCGCCCGCUGUGAGCAACAGCAAGGAAAGGAAUAACUCGGUGGAGUGCCUGGAUGGCCUUGACGAAGUUGGCACAAAACUACCUUCAAAACUGCAGAAAAUAACCGGGAGGGAGGACUUCCCCAAAAAACUCCUCAGGAUGAGUUCCACCACCUCCGAGAAGGCCUACAGCAUGGGGGAUUUACCCAUGAAACUCCAGCGGAUCAGCUCGGUCCCCGGGAAUUCGGAGGAGAAACUGGUGUCAAAAACCACAAAGAUGAUGUCGGAUCCCAUCAGCCAGUCGGUGGCCGACCUGCCGCCCAAGCUGCAGAAGCUGUCAGGCGGCGGCAGGAUGGAGGGCAACCUUCCCCCCAAACUGCGCAAAAUGAAUUCGGAUCGGUUUACAUAACCCGACGGGACUUGUAGCUAAUCCUUUAGAGCUUGAACUGCUUCUGGCAAGGGCAGCGUGGGCAGGAGAGCAGGCCCUCCACCAGCCGUGUGUGUGCUGAACUCUGUGGUCCCCGGGGCGCCGGGAGCAGGAGCGUCCCCUCGGUAGCGGUGGCUGCGCUGUAAGUACGAACGGCGGGACGAUCGGCGAGCUGGUGUCCGUUGGCAUGUAGUAUCACAACACGCAUGCAAUAAUAGUGUGCAAUUUUUGCAUAUAGUUUUAUGGCAUGACUCCUACUAUAUUUAUACUGUAUAUUCUGAAAAAAAUAUGGAAAGGGGCGUUCCUUUCCCCUGUAUUUCUUAAGAGUAAGUAGUAGGUAAAACAUGCGAGUGGGUAACUUUCAGGGUAACUUAUAAUUCGAUUUGAAAAUGUUUAUUUUAUUUAUUUUUUUUCUGAUGUGGAUCGUGCUGUUUUGUUCAACAAAGUAGUUAUGGUGCAUGUCUUUUUUCUUAAAAGAAGGUGUGUUAAUUAAUUCCUAACACCAAAUCUGCUAGCCUUAAAUUAACUGCUGGUUUCUAUUUUGCUUUAACAUUUUCUUGGGGUUUCUUUUCCUGCGUCUAGGCUACAGGAAAAAACCUAAAAUGUAUUUCAUAAGGCGUUGUUUAGAGAAGAAACUUGUAUUAAUAAGCCUAGGCAAAACAAUAAAUAAAUGAAUAAAAUUUACACUUUAGAUACGAUUAGUAAAAAUUUUUUUAAAAUCUUCGUGAUUUAUAAAAUACGUGCAAGAAAACCCAUUUUAAAUAAGCAGGACGUGCUUGAUUUCUCAUGUUGAUAGAAGAGCUAAAUGUGAGAACAGCUGAAUGUCUUCAUGAAGCCAACCAGGCAUUUAUUCUGGACGAACUGUACCCCAAAGGCAGAGUCACAAUUCCCCCUAGUCCCGCAGUGCCCGGAUUUCGCUCCCUCUCGCUUUGGUGGCCUGGUUGGGCCAGUUGCGAUGCAGGUGAUGGUUGCGUGAGCCGUGGUCUCGCGGCAAGUCCCAAGCCCGGGCAGGCCCACGGUGUGCUGGCUGCCAGGGGCAUCUCUCCUUACUGCUUUCUCUAUGGUGAAAAUGUUUAAACAUGUUCUUAACUGAAGUUGACCCUGUGGGUUUCAAAAUGAGUAAUACUUUGUAUAAAUGUUUGGUCUGAUAUCUUUCUGUGCUUCUGUUUGGGUUUCCUUUUCCAUCCCAGUUUGCUUCGGCGGGGUCGAGCCGGGAGGGCUGGGUGUGGUGUGGGUGCCCCGUCAUGGUGGCUUGCGGUGCUGGAGCACCCCGCGCCGCCCUGGACCCUCCCCAGAAUGCCGGAGGUUGGCUGUGGCGUGCCCAGGGACACCCCGGGUUCUCCCCUGGGUCUUGUGUUGGGGGGCCAUGUGCACGUCGGCUUCCCGGGGGCUCCUUCUUGGAGGAGGAGGUCUGGGCGAGAUGGAGCGAUGGGCAGGGCUGUCAGCGUGCUGGGUGUGAAAGGCACCGCCAAAAGCGGCCAGGGAAGGGGCUCUGCCUGACGUCGUCCGUAGGUAAAAUCCCUCGAGGCCACGGUUACGUGGUCCCAGCCACGGCCCCGUGUGGGCCUGGAGGUGCACGCGUAUCUGCAAUCGUGGACGGGCACUUCUGACUCUGAACCAUCCUGCGUGAAGGCUAACGCUUGCUACAUGACAAAUAACAGAUCUGAUGAUCUUUGAGGAAAAAAACCUGGUUUUGUUGUAAAUGUUGGCAUGGAAUAAGAACUCGGAGGCUCAGCACUGCUGGAGGGUUGGCUCAGACACCGCUGUGGCUCAGUGCUCUCCCUGGAAGUUACAGUGUACGACCCCUCAGUUGUACACCUGAGGACUUUCGACUAACUUCCAAAGUUUCUAUUCAUUGUCAUGAUUUUUGAGCGGCACUGCAUGCUUUUUACACCUUUGGCUGUAGUUGGAUUCUCUGCACAUCGUUGAAGGGAAGGGCGUGCGUUGCUCCCUGCACGCUGAUCCUGGGCUCUACGGGCGCCGUGGGCAGGUUGCUGAUGUGGUGAGGGAAAAUCUGGACUUCUUUUCCCUUGUUUGCUAACACUUCCUCAGGUUAUCUUGUAAAAUACCACUGGUUUUUGUACCACACCUAACUCUUCUACCAGUCCUUGACUGACAGCAAAAAUAGCGAUGUACAAUUGCCAGGCGUCAGCAGUAAAAACAUCCCUGAGCCCAAACCAGGGAGCCAGGAAGGUUAAUGAACAUGGUGAACAUUCAGCCGGUGGCACAGCCGAGUGGUGAGUCCUGCCAGCAGGCUCCAGCAGGUCGCUCUGGGUUUGAAAGAAGGGUCCCCAGCAGCUUGACCUCUCCUCAAAAACGCCUUUGAUUUAUUUGGAGUGGAUGGGGGAGCACCGCCUCCUUCCCAGGAUGUUGCCAGAGCGUGACCCAACCAACCUGCCGUCCUUCGCGACACUACAGUUGGACUAGAUAUCAUAGGUCCCUUCCAACGGGAACGUUCUUCCCUUUCCCUUUCCCUUUCCCUUUCCCUUUCCCUUUCCCUUUCCCUUUCCCUUUC